AUGGCGUCUCCCGUACCGCUGAAUCUGUUUCCUCUCCUCCAUGCCAUUGGCAACACUCCUGCUGUUUGUCUGACUCAGGAUAUCCCUGGUGACGAGCCUGCAAGCUUGCUGCUGCUUGGUUGCGGCGAUGUUCGACAUAUCUUGUUCACCAGCUAUAUGAACAGUUCAUCAGGUGAUAUCCAGGCUGCUGGCAAUGUUUGUGACACCCGGAAUGUUUUACUCCUUACUCUGGUUGUGGAUAACAAUGAAGGCGUGGAUGUCUCAAUAUUGUGGGAUAUCUACUAUCAUCUGUUCGUUGAUGACAAGUCACUCAGCGUUCUUGAAUCCCAAGUAAAAAAGCUGUAUCGUUUGUCAACUUCUCUGAGGCAUUGGCAUAAAACCAAGUACGGGCGUUUUCUGAGAUUCUGUGACUCAAAGACUCUUGCUCUUGUGAGAGAUGUCUGGUAUUCAUAUAUACAUGUCUCAGACAAGGCCGCCUACACGACUAGUUUCCGAAACGCAAUCCAAACAUGUCUUGAUGUCAAAGCUGUAGCAUCGGGAAGCGGGAUAGACUUGAGUGGAGUCCGAUCUGCUGCCCCAAACGGAGUUCAAGCUCUUAAGGAUAUUCCCAGUUUGCAUGCUCGCUACUGGAAGAAUGGGACCACUUCCAGUGGCUCCAAAGCCGCAAAUGUUCACCCGAACCCAACACUGGCACCUUUGGAGAAUGGCUCUUCUCUGCUUCAUUACGCCACCGAUCCCUUACUUGGAUUCCACCUAGUAACCGCAUAUACACCGGUGGAACCGGAAUCUCCGUUUUAUCGCGAGCAAACGGCUCAUGGCAAUGCCCAGAACGCAGUCGAAACGGCUCGACUUCAGUUCAAUACCUGGUCUCAGGCUUUUAAAAGUGAUCACAAAUCCGUGACCGUGCGUUUUUUCGCAGGAGAGGCUCUCGCCUUCUGCCAUACCAUGCAGCAUCUGGAGGCCACCAAAGAAACUUCUGCAAAUUUGUUCCGGAGUUUUUACCAGUUCGAUACUUUUUCCCUGGAUGGCGAGGAUUAUGCGCUGAAUGGUGUAGCUCCUUUAGCUUUCGACGUUAUAGAUACGUCCAACCUCAUUGACUUCCUUGGUGGAAUCAACCUCUUCAUUGCUACAAGCCCAUUGCUGCGCAAGAAGGCAUCAUCCACUCUCUAUGCUGAGUCAUUGGUCAAGUAUGUGCCUGAUGUAGACGUACUAUUAGAGGACCUUUUCGCGGGCCAUUUCCCGACACUGUCGAUACUGCUUGGUGUAUUCCCAAUCCAAUACUGGACAAAUGCCUCAGCCGUUGCAAAUUCUGAGGAGCAGUUGAUGCUCGAUCUCCAUAAAUCUCCCACGGGACACGGCCUCAAUACCCGAAAUAUGUACAACAGAACAUUGUGGAAAUAUCAAUCACCCAUCUGGUUAGAUUCACCAGAAGGUAGCAGCUGCCCUUUAAUCAAGUUCGAGCCGGACAAUUUGGCUUUGGUUCUGUUCGGGAUCUACCUCAAAAUGUUCAUGAAUGAAGACGUGAAGCUGAUCUUGGCCAAUCCAAAUCGUGAAAUGAUCCAGAGGAACUCCUGCAUUCGUUACCACCGGGGAAGCUUUGCCCGGUUUCUUGCGUUUAUCAAAAGCCGCGUGAUCGCUGACUGGGAUAGGACCAUCUCAACCCUGAUCACCUUGAUUGAGAAAGAUAAGAUUCUCGUGGUUGGGCAGAACUUCCUCCACGAGCUAUACUCACAACUCCAUAUCCUUGGUGUGUAUUCCGAUCCCGCAUUUGCCAAAGAACUCAAAUACGACAGAACAACCAAUGAUUUCCGUGCUUGGAAGAAACUACCAGAGUUGGUUUCUAUUACAGUAGAAAUCCCAAGGGCAAAACUCUCUAUUUUCACCAAGAUCCCUCGCGUUAAACUAGGAAAACCAUAUAUGAACGGAUUUGUUCAAUCAAAACAGAUGGUUUGGCAGAGCCUUUUCGCAGUUGUGCAACUCGGAUUUGGACGAAUUAUCGCCUCAGGGGAACGCAGCAAUGACAGUUUUGCCGUAACUAUUGUUGAGGAUCAUAGCGGGUGGAAAGGGAAGAGCCCCCUUAUCAUAUCUUUCGUCGUUCCGUCAGCGAUCCUGCUCGCGGAGCCAGACAGUACGACAGUUGGAAUGUCGCUUUACCACACGCCGACUACCGCCUUGGCUUUUGCGAACACAUUAGGGGUGGAACUAAUUGUCUUUGCAAGUGACCUUGGGAACGAAUCCUCAGUAUAUAUUUCAAAGCAACGCCCAAAUAACGCCGGAAUUCCGCGCAUAUCCAAACCCUCAAGUAUCGGAGAGGAGCCAGAGAAAAUCCCGGCAAGUUCCUAUCACGUCACACUAACAGCGAUCAUCGACGUUGAAAAGAAAAUAAUUGAUGGAUUCACCGCUCAUAUUGCUUUUCUCGCUGAAGAAGCAAAGGAAUGCCUGAAGCGCCAGAAUAUGAUCGAACUUCGCCAAAUCUCGGCUUGCUCCCUGUGUUUGAUUAUAGAAAGACAAUCUUUGGAGAUUGUUAUAAAUUUUCCAGCUCCGGUCCAAAGAGCGAACAAGAGCCGCACGAUUCGGAUUGCGAGAACCCCGCCAGUUGCGGAGAUCAUGGUACGCAGGGCUUAUAAACCAGACCGCCAGGGCCACCCAGAUUACAUAUAUCCGAUUUUCUUGGACAAUCGAGGGGAGCCAGUGGCAUGGAACAUUCCAUACCUUAAUCCCAACCGACUGCCUAUUUUGGAUACCAAUCGUGUGAAGGACUUUGGAUGGCUGGUUACCCAUGUCACGAUGAUGUUUUCUGGGAAGGAGUGCAAACAACGCACUAACUUAGAUCCCACUCGUCCAAAGCCCGUUCAAGAUAGCAGAGUAUGUUUCAAAGACACUUUGUUUUCUAUGUACAUGUCGUUCGCCAGGGUCCAGGGACAGAAGACCAAGGUAUUUGGGAUAAAUUGUGUGCAUAUCGGAUUGCAGCUAUUGUUUUUCCGCUCCGCUGUUCGCAUUGACAUGUCCAACCGCACGCUGGCUCUUGAUGUUGCGAUUAUCCCCCUACCUCUGGACAUGGGAAAGCCAAUGCGUGAUUUCAUCACGCAGAUAGACAAGGACGAGUCGAUCACCAUGCUCAUUGAACCGGACGAAUUAAAAUUAUGGAAGCGCAUCUUGCCCACGUUUGUCGAACGCUGCAGGGAGUGGAAGCACAAAGCUACUUGUGAGUAUAAAGCUAAGGCUCGAAUUCCGCUAUCCGUCGACUUUCGCCAGCCAGUGCUUUGUACGUGUGGUAAUGGGAUUUUCCCGCCAAAUUUUAUUCCCGACUGUCCGAAGUGGGAGUCCUUUUCCCAAAAUGCUGUUCGCGGUUUGAUACCACUUCUGUUCACCCUGCCGUACGUUGAUCCUAAAGAUAGUUUGGACGAAGAGACAAAAGCGAGAUUGAAUCGGUGUGAAGCGUGUGGUGCGGAGAAGUCUGUACAUGGCCGUGCUUUAUUGUCAUGUUCGCAAUGUCACCUGGUGAGGUACUGCUCACCAAAGUGCCAGCGUACACAUUGGAAGGUCCAUAGAAAGAGUUGCUUGGGGAAGAGUGGUGGAAAUCCUAUCCGUAAAUGA